GUGUACGUACGAGUCAGACCAAAUUUAUACGAAUUUCUUGCCCGUGUUUCGGAAAUAUUUGAGAUUGUACUCUUUACGGCGAGCACGAAAGUCUAUGCUGAUCGACUAGUUAAUCUGCUGGAUCCUAAAAAGAAGUGGAUUAGGCAUCGCCUUUUUCGAGAACAUUGUGUAUGUGUCAAUGGGAACUAUGUGAAAGAUCUUCGGGUCCUUGGAAGAGAUCUGCGUAAAACAAUUAUUGUAGACAAUUCCCUGCAGGCCUUCGGCUACCAACCACAGUGGCCGCCAAGAAUCAUACUGAAAACAUAUCUGAUGUUAUUUCAUGCGGACGAAAAUGAAUUUAUGUAA